AUGGAUGAACGAAGUUUUCUUUCUUAUUUCUUACUGUGUGCCUCUAUUCCUUUUACUAAGCUCUUUCGCGGAAACCGAAUAGUGAAAAGUUCUGCAACAGAUGUCGAUAUCUUUGUUUCUCCCAAUUGCCCCCCUCUGGCGGAAAUUCGUGAGGACAUCAAGAUCUACUAUGAUCGAAUUUGGAAGUCAAAUGACAAAAAGCGUAGGCUUCGAGUGAAUCCGGAUCUCUGUCCAAAUGUCGCCAUUCUCCGACUGUUUCCAUCAAUUUCAGCAGAAACCGUGAGAGCUUUCUUCCAACCUCCCGUAGAAGGUGUGAUCCUUCAGACCUACGGCGCGGGAAAUGUACCCUCAAACAACGAGGAACUGAUUGAAAUCCUACGAGAGGCCAGUCUGGAUAGAAAAAUCCUUAUUCUUAACACAACACAGUGCUGGAGAGGGACAGUACUUGGCGUGUACGCGACGGGAGCCAUUCUCAACACUGUCGGUGUAGUUUCCGGCUGCGAUAUGACACCCGAAGGGGCCCUCAUGAAGAUGGCCUACGUGCUGGCUAAAUGGAAGGAUCCCGCCACGCGUCGCCGCAUGCUGGCGCACAGCCUGCGUGGUGAGAUGACAGAACCCAUCUUGGAAACCAGAGUGGGUCUGCAACCCAUCAUAGCUUCGUCCCGCCAAACGACAAAUGUCUCAUUUGAGCACACCCGCGGACUGGGUGAACUCCUUUCCAGCGCCGCUGCCAACAGCCUAACUCCCCAAUGGGCACAAAAAGUGUUCCCUGCCCUUAUGUGUACCGCUGCAGAGACCGACGAUACGGAGACCCUGGAGCAACUCUUCCGAAUUGCCGGCCACUUUGAGGUAAAUGCAUAUGGGCAACAGAGUACUAGCUGUUGUGCCGCGCGGGCUGUGGCGUUUAGCGUCAAUUCUGCCGUCGUAAAUGGCCAGGUCCACUGGGUGUUCCAUAGCAUGUGGUUUGAUGACAGCCACCGGUCACCCCUUCAUCUGGCAGCUGGGGCUGGCUCGAUCGUAGUGUGUCGCCUCUUACUGGAAGGCGGAUCGAAUCCGAACGUUGUCGACAAGUUUGGAUACACUCCUCUCUCUUACGCCAUCCGUAGCAACAACUCCACGCCGGCGCUUAUUUCACUGAUUCGCCAGUACGGUGGAAGACUGCCUGCCUUCACAUCAGCUAAGGCGAAGGAGGCAAACAACGCAGCUAGACUCGGCCUCAUUAGACGUCUACGGCUCUAUAAGCUGGCCGGACUGACUCUCGAGGAAUUGGACGCCGAGGGCCGUGCUGCUCUUCAUACGGCGGUUGUCUAUCGACAGCUGAAUACAGUGCGUUACCUCAUUGCACCCGCUCGAGGCUCCUCGGGUACAAACCUAUAUGAGUCUUCGGAAUUGGAUAUGUUUGAAGUCGACGGCGCCGAGGUAGACCCGCAUCAGAGGACAGGAUACGGAACUACGGCCCUUGAAGAAGCAAAAAAGCGGAAUUUUACCGAAAUUGUCCAGGUCUUAGAAGCCUGCCAAUAA